AGAUUAAUAUUAAAAUAAUCAAAACAAAUAAUAGAUUAUUAAUGUAUUUCAAAACAAAUAUGUAAAAGGUGUAAAGUCAAAAUUGAAUUGAAUGAAAGAAAAGAAAAAAAAAAAAUAAGAAUUGAAUCCAUUCUGGAAAUCAUAAUUGAUACCCAGCCCUAUCUGGAGUUAAAAAAAAAAGCAAAAAACUUUUAUUUUGAAAGUUUUUGGUCGUUUUCCCUCUAUUUUUGGUAUUUUAUUUAAGAGUCAAUAUGUGAACCUCAUUUGGGAUGCAGAGAUGAGCUGUGGAGCAAGUGGGAAUAACAUUAAAGAGCUCAUGAGCCCAAUGAGGCAACAUUUAAGGCUACAAGCAUGCUGCAUAUUCAAUUAUUACCUAUAUAUCCAUCAAAUGAAUAUGUCCCCAAAGUGUCAUCAUUCAAUCCAGCAUGACAUGGAAGUAGUAAAUCCUAUUAGGAAGCAAUGGCGACUGGGACUUGUCUUUAGGCGUUUGCCAAAUGCCCCACCAGUGAAAUAUGCAUGAAAUCAAUAAAUCACAACGGAAUUCUGUUCAACUCUUUUUAUAGGUGAGUUUGCCACACACACAUAGCUACUCCUCACAGAAAUCUGUUAAAUGACAGCCGGGAAUCUGCUCAAAUGCGUCACAGAGGCUCUAUCUGGAGUUGUUCAAUAACCAGACGCGCAGUGAGAAAACCACUGCCCUCCACUGCAAUCAGCCCCCUCUGUGCAGGGCUGCGGAACCAGGAAGGGUCGAUGCCACCACAGUCCUGCUUUCUGAGGGGCGACGUGACUCGCAAUGCGGGCUUGUGUUGCCCGCUGGAGGUGAGUCUUGGGACGGCAGGCAAAACGGCGCACGCCGUGGACGGCGGGCGCCACCCUCAAGGUCUCCACAGAUGGGGUGGGGGACACACAAGCCUAUGCUGGACUCCCCCCACACAAGAGACAGAGUAUAAUUGGCAUCUUAAAUGUUUAAAAAAAAAUAUAUAUAUAUAUAUAUAUAUAUAUAUAUCGCAGAUAUAUGAUUUACACGGAGGGAGAACUUGCGCCAUCCACAGGUUUGGCAGUCUGGCUCACACACCCUGCGCUGCGCGUUCCCGAUCUCUUAUUUAUUUAAAUCUCCUUCACGAGCGCGACCCCGCGGCGAAAGCUCUCUCCUCUCUCCCCAUCUCUCCUCACUUUGCUUCCUUUCCUCCUCUCGACAGCAUCCAGAACUAUAGCGCAGCCGUUCCCAUCACUCCUUGUGGCUCCCCACCUCCUCUGCCAGAUCUCUCUGCUCUGCAUCUCUCGUCCCCUCCAUCACCCUCUCCGCCUUGGUCCUGCACUUCUCUGACGCACGCCAGGGCACCGGAGCCGAACAGACAUAGAGGGAGAAACAGCAGCAGAUGACCGAGGCAGCGCAGAUUUUCAUCCACAUGCCCAUGCUGCUGCUGCUACGCUGGACAGAGACGCGCAGCCAGAUUCGGGUAGAAAAAGCCCUCACCCGGCUACAGUGCUGUUGACUCGGGAGGAAGUGCAAGUGGACGAACAGAAGUCGAGGAAUUGUGUACUAUUUAAGCAAACUGGUCGUUAAAAAAGCGGGGGAGCGGAGGACCAAAAAAAAAAAAAGCAAAAAAAGAGGGAAAGCCAGAUUUUCACGGGGGAGUGAGUGGGAGAGAUCUCAUUCGCAUCACGUUUUCAUUUCUCCUCUUUGCCUCAGCCAAAGAGAGAGGGUGAGGAAACAGGGACAGAGGAGGAGGAAGAGAGAAAGAGAAGGGGGCCACAGAUAGAUCUAACGAGAUCCAAGCAAGUUCUCCUUUCCUGAUGCUUUCCAAUUGCACUGCGCAACUAAGCCCGGCAUCGGACGGCGAGCGGGACGCACAGUGGAACAACAGAACACAUCGCAGGAGGAGAUGUGAAGUUGGAAUCCCACAAAACUAAUGUUGUGAAGUGGCUCUGUCCCUGGAGCCAAGACUUCAUCCCCUUGGUGUCAGCAAGGAUGCUGUGGGUUACCUUGCUGAGCACCAUAGCCUUAGGAUGGACCACGCCAAUCCCACUACUCGAGGACUCGGAGGAGAUUGAUGAGCCCUGCUUUGAACCGUGCUACUGCGAGGUGAAGGAGGGCAUCUUCCACGUCCACUGCGACAGCAAAGGAUUUACAAAUGUCAGCCAGAUCGCCCAGAUAUGGAGCCAGCCGUUCAAGCUAAAUCUCCAGAGGAACUCAAUGAGGAAGCUCUACUUCAACAGCUUCCUCCACCUUAACAAUGCUAUAUCCAUCAACCUGGGGAACAACGCCCUGCAAGAUAUCCACGCUGGUGCAUUCAACGGCUUGGGAAUACUCAAACGGCUGUUUCUCCAUGAAAAUAAGCUGGAGGUUUUCCGGAAUGACACAUUUCUGGGGUUGGAGAGCUUAGAGUAUCUUCAGGCGGACUAUAACGUCAUCAAAAGGAUUGAAAGUGGUGCAUUUAGACAUCUUCAUAAACUAAGAGUACUUAUACUGAAUGACAAUCUGAUCCCUGUUCUCCCCAAUUAUCUUUUUCGGUCCAUAUCCCUCACACAUUUGGACCUAAGAGGAAACAGACUAAAGACGUUGCCUUAUAAGGGCACAUUGGAGUAUAUUGGAAGGAGUUUAAUGGAAAUCCAGCUGGAGGAGAACCCUUGGAACUGCGUGUGUGAGAUUGUCCAGCUAAAAACGUGGCUGGAGAGAAUCCCUUACACAGCUUUGGUGGGUGAGAUUACAUGUGAGUACCCGUUUCACUUACAUGGCAAAGACUUACGGGAAAUCAAACGCAGUGAGCUCUGUCCUCUGCUCUCCGAUGCAGAGAUUGAGGCCAAGCUGGGAAUUCCCAGAGUUCCGUUCAGCAACGAGAACACUUGGCCCACUAAACCUUCCUCAAUGCUCUCGUCCUUCCAUAACACAGCCUCCUCUGUGGAGUACAAGGAGAGAGUUGUGAAGCCUACCAAGCGACCUCGGCCCACGAAAAACCCACCGACUCCACGUAGCAUCUACCCAGGAAUUAACCAGCCCCCUAUUGCCGGUUACCAAACGAGACCUCCCAUUCCUAUCAUCUGUCCCGCUGGAUGUAUUUGCAAUCUUCACAUCAACGACCUGGGACUAACAGUGAACUGUAAAGAGAAAGGCUUCCACAACAUUUCCGAGCUCCUGCCGCGACCCCUCAAUGCCAAGAAAUUAUACCUCAGCGAAAACCUGAUUCAGAAGAUAUACCGCUCCGACUUCUGGAACUUCUCAAGUUUGGAUUUACUACAUUUAGGGAACAAUCGGAUAUCAUACGUCCAGGAGGGUGCCUUCAUCAAUCUACCGAACCUAAAGAGUCUAUACCUGAACGGGAAUGACAUCGAGCAGCUCACGCCUGGAAUGUUUCGAGGACUCCAGAUGCUGAGUUAUCUUUACUUUGAAUAUAACGUCAUCAAAGAGAUCCAGCCUCACUCGUUCUCCCUGAUGCCAAACCUCCAGCUAGUUUUUCUCAAUGGCAACCUGCUGCGCUCCCUCCCCACCCAUGUUUUUGCUGGAACGAACCUCGCCCGGCUCAGCCUCCGCAACAAUUAUUUCCUUUCCUUGCCCGUGGAUGGUGUCCUGGAGCAUCUUAGCUCCAUUGUCCAGAUUGAUCUCCAUCAGAACCCGUGGGACUGCUCCUGUGAUAUAAUCCCCCUCAAACAAUGGCUGGAAAAGCUCUCCUCUGUCAUUGUGGUUGGUGAGGUCAUCUGCAAAACACCUGAGUUUGCUUUCGGAAAGGACCUCCGUUCGCUUGAGGUGGAGGUCAUCUGUCCUGAGCUUAGGUAUUCCUCGGGCCCCUCCCCGGCUAUGCCCGGCGGGGAUGACCUCACCACAGGGAGCUCUGGCAUGGAGGAGGCAGGUGGGCGAGGUGCCGUUCCGCUGUCGGUGCUCAUUCUCAGCCUGCUCAUCCUCUUCAUCUCAGCUGUAUUUGUGGCAGCUGGGCUCUUCGCUUUUGUUCUCCGCCGCAGGAAGAAGCUGCCCUUUCGGAAACGCUCGGAAGUGGAUCUGACCGGGAUUCCAAUGCAGUGUAGGAUUUUUGAGGACCCGCCCAGGCAAAACAGUGCUGGGAAUACCAGCACACCGGAGAAGCCAGUGGCCAGUAUGCACACGCACACGGGUCACGCACAUGCUCACGGACAUGUGUACGAUUACAUCCCCCAUCCGGUGACUCAAAUGUGUAACAACCCCAUUUAUAAGCCAAGAGAGGGGGAAAUAGGAGACGAGGAAAGGGCACAGUUUGCAGAAAAAAAAGACAACGGCUGCAGCAGCAGCAGCAGCUUCAGAACCUUGUUAGAGAAAGAGAAAGAAUGGACCCUGGCGGUCUCCAACUCUCAGCUCAACACCAUUGUCACAGUCAACCACACCACAGCUGAUAUAGCAGGAUUUCACGAGAAUGGAGGGCUCUGCCCUACAGUAAUUGACAGUCAGAGGCCCACACCAACAGUGGGCUUUGUAGACUGUUUAUAUGGGACCGUACCUAAAUUAAAGGACGUGCAUGUUGCGCAUGCACACCCACCAGGCAUGCAUUACCCAGACUUGCAGCAGGACGCACGGCUGAAGGAGACAUUGCUGUUCACGGCAGGGAAAGGCUGUUACCCGGACCCUUCUCAAAGUGAUUACCUUGAGUUAAGGGCCAAACUUCAAACCAAGCCGGAUUACCUCGAGGUCUUGGAAAAAUCGUACCGGUUUUAACAUCUUUAGCCCUUUUUUUGGAAGAGUCAAAAUAUAUAUAUAUAUAU